AAAGCCCAGUAUAAGUGGCAAGUGAAAAAUCAAAACUUAUGUGACAUUUUCGGAUAAACUCAAACGUUAGUUGAACAUUAACUUUGCACCAUAACGCUUGGUAUCCUUUCGAAGAGUCGGUAAUGUCGGCAAACAUUACAACGGUCGGUACAACCGUGGCGACGACAAUCGCCACACAUUCGCAGAAUGUCACCGUGAGCACAACCCUCGAUCCGUUUAAUAAUCGAACUACACCAUUUUACAAUAACAACUCUACACACGGUUUUAAUAACUCAAUUCCAAUACCAUGCUGUCCAAUACAAUAUCCGACAAUUCAAUAUCCAACAGCUCCGACCAUUGUUACAUACGAUGAUUUUUGGUACUGGGAUGAGAUCUAUUACUUCUAUGUUAUUAUGCUGCUUUUAAUUUGCUUUGGAGUGGGCUAUGGUAGCUAUAUACGUCACAAACGUCUAGCGGAACAAAAGCAAAGAGCCCGUCUACGUGCUCAAGGUAGUGGCAAUGCAUGCACGCCGCCGGCCAACGGUAAUUGUACCGACAACGUAGCGCCCAGAUGCGACAAUCCACCAACAUACGAGACCGCAAUGGCAAAUUACAUCGAUGCAAAGCAACAGUUGCGUCAGAUGGAGGAGGGUGCCGUAGCUGGUGCUAUGGCCAUGUCUGCUUCCACAACGACAAUCGAAACGUGUAUCUCCGAUGUUGGUCAGAGCCGUACAGACUUGCGGCCCAACACAACAGAGGAUGUAACAGCCACAGGCAGUGUUGUGUUCAACACAACCAACGAAACAACAAAGCCACCGCUGUAGUGAUACAAAAUUAUAUACAAAUGUACUAUGGGAGCACUGGUGCCAGUUUAUUGACUUAAGAUUUGUUAAAACAGCGAUUCAAAACAAGCAGUUCCUGCACAUACACCCAAUACUAUAUACUGUACACUUUAACAAAAAAUAUAUAAUAAACAUAUGCUAUGCGUUA